CGGUAGGUCGGUAAGAUAUCCGGUAGUAUCUGAGCUUCAGUUGUCCCGGGAAACCCGCCAUGUCUGAGCACUUCUUUUAAAACACUGGCGCUUGUGUCUCUGAAUACGUGUCUAACUCCUGGUGCGCUUAGCUGAGCGCUGACUUUGGAAACAAGUCGCUGUUAGCUGUUAGCUGUUAGCCGUUAGCCACUGUAGAGUGUUAGGACGUUAACGUCAGUUAGGCGGACGUUUGUUGAAGUCCACUAUGACCCAACAAGCUGCUGCUCUGCAGACCUACAACAAUGAACUUGUCAAAUGUAUUGAGGACCUGCACUCCAAGCGGGAGGAGUUGAACCGUCAGAUCAAGCAGGAGGAAGAGGAGAAGGAUCGGCUGCAGCACGACCUCCGAGUCCUGUCAGAGAAGCUGAGCAGAGUCAACGAGAGCCUGGCACAAAGACUCACCGCCCGCGCCACGUUCGACCGCACCAUCGCAGAGACCGAGGCUGCAUACACCAAGAUCUUGGAGAGCUCUCAGUCUCUUCUGAGCGUUCUGAAGCAGGAGGCAGGAAACCUUAGUAAAGCCACAGAGCCCCGGAGGAAGGAGCACUAAUGGCAAUGGAAGGUCACUGAACUCUCAUUUUGACCACAACGCCACAUCUGAGUUUGCACUUAACCGGUUUAUACUCCACUCUGGGCUGUUUGUAAUAUAUUCACUUGAUUUAUUGUUAGUUAUUUAUUCUAAUAAAUGUGUUUAUCACUCC